CAGAAGUCUGCUCUAUGAAUUUGUAAGGAACUCUUGAGAGGUUGUUUUUUUGUUGAAACCGGGAGCUGUGGACCCCAUUGGAACCCUAGCUGAACUUAUAAUGGAACCUUCACCUCUUGAGUUACCAGCUGACACAGUCCAACGCAUCGCAUCUGAACUUAGAUGUCACCCAACAGAUGAGCGGGUUGCCCUCCGCCUCGAUGAGGAAGAUAAGCUGAGGCAUUUCAGGGAGUGUUUUUAUAUUCCCAAAAUGCAGGAUCUGCCUCCAAUUGAUUUAUCUUUAGUGAAUAAGGAUGAAGAAGCCAUCUAUUUCUUGGGAAAUUCUCUUGGCCUUCAACCAAAAAUGGUUAAAACAUAUCUGGAAGAAGAACUAGAUAAGUGGGCCAAAAUGGGAGCCUAUGGUCAUGAUGUAGGGAAACGUCCUUGGAUUAUAGGAGAUGAGACUAUUUUAGGACUUAUGACUGACAUUGUAGGAGCCAAUGAGAAAGAAAUAGCCCUAAUGAAUGGUUUGACUGUUAAUUUACAUCUUCUAUUGUUAUCGUUUUUCAAGCCUACACCCAAACGGUAUAAAAUUCUCCUAGAAGCUAAAGCCUUCCCUUCAGAUCAUUAUGCUAUUGAGUCACAGCUUCAACUUCAUGGACUUAACAUUGAGAAAAGUAUGCGGCUUAUAAAGCCAAGAGAGGGGGAAGAAACACUGAGAUUAGAGGAUAUCCUUGAAGUAAUUGAGAAUGAAGGUGACUCUAUUGCAGUGAUCCUGUUCAGUGGUCUGCAUUUUUAUACUGGCCAGCUCUUUAAUAUGCCUGCCAUCACAAAAGCCGGACAAGCAAAGGGUUGUUUGGUUGGCUUUGAUCUGGCACAUGCAGUUGGAAAUGUUGAACUCCAUUUACAUGAGUGGGGAGUUGAUUUUGCCUGCUGGUGCUCCUACAAGUAUUUAAACACAGGAGCAGGAGGUCUUGCUGGUGCCUUUGUCCAUGAAAAGCAUGCCUAUACAAUUAAACCUGCGUUAGUGGGAUGGUUUGGCCAUGAAUUAAGCACCAGAUUUAAGAUGGAUAACAAACUGCAGUUAAUCCCUGGGGUCCAUGGAUUCCGAAUUUCAAAUCCUCCGAUUCUAUUGGUCUGUUCCUUACAUGCUAGUUUAGAGAUCUUUAGGCAAGCAACUAUGAAAGCACUGAGGAGAAAAUCUAUUUUGCUAACUGGUUAUCUGGAAUACAUGAUCAAGCAUCACUUCAGCCAGGAUAAAGCCGAAACCAAGAAAACAGUCGUGAACAUAAUUACUCCACCUCGUAUAGAGGAUCGCGGCUGCCAGCUAACCCUAACAUUUUCUAUUCCAAUUAAAUAUAUUUUCCAAGAACUAGAAAAAAGAGGAGUGGUUUGUGACAAACGGGAUCCAAAAGGGAUUCGAGUGGCUCCAGUUCCUCUCUACAAUUCUUUCCAUGAUGUUUAUAAAUUUAUCAAUCUGCUCAUUUCUGCACUUGACUCUGCAGAAACAAAAAAUAGCUGAGUUUUCCACAGCAACUUAAGCAAAUAAUAUGGAAAGCCUGUGGUUAUUUUAUUAUUAUUCAAGUUUUAAUAAUUUCAAAACUGACUACACAUAACUAGCAAUGAAUUGUAUACUUUACAGAAAAAGAAGACAAUUUUUUUAAGGGUCUGUGGCCUUGAGAUAUCUGCACGGCAGUCCAAUUUCUUGGUGUUUGGUGGAUCAAAGUCUUUACUGGUGCAAGUAUUAUGUAUACAGUCUUGAUUAGCUGUCAUAUUUCAUUGUUAAUAAAAUGUUUUUUGUUGGUUUAAUUUAUAAUUUGACUGACAACUUCACAAUGUAUGUGGAAAUUUUUCUGUCAAUUUUAGAUAUAUUACUUUAAUUUUAAUUUACCAAAGAGUUUCUUAUAGGCACUGCAGUUGAACAGUCUGAUGUAUGUAUGCUAUUUAUAAUGUUCCAUCUAACUCCAAUCUGAGCAACAGAAAAUGCAUUGUCUAGGGCAGUGGCUUUCAAAUAGUUUGGUCACAAUCCACACUAAGGAAUACAUUUAAUAUCAGAG